AUGGAGGAUUGUGAAAUAAUUGGCUUGAUGUGGGAAUUUAUCGCAGAAAUGUUAUUUGGCUCUGGGGACGUCGAGUACGUUAGCGACGAUGAAUAA